AUGAGCGACAAAUAUUCGACCAAUGGAAUUCAUACUUUCGAAGAUGUUGUUGCUCAUUUAGCACAAAGGCAACAUCAGACACAUUCCUUAGGUCGAAUCGGUGGUUUUGAAUGGAAGUUAGGGUUGGGCAAAUACACUGACACAUCAUUCCGCUCCUCUCUCUUUUGCGAAAAUGACAAUUCAAAAGUUGAGGUUAGAAUCCGUUAUUAUCUCAAAGUGAAGAAUUCGAAUGAGAUUCUCCAAGAAAAGUUCAAGCAAGAAACCUUGACGAAUCUGAAGCAUGAUGAGUUUGCGACUAGCAAACCCAUUCCUCUUUUAGAGGUUUUGAAUCUUAAAAAUGGAUGGUUGAAUGAUGAGAAAUGUACAGUAGAAUAUGGAAUUCAAGUCGAAUCUAUUCAAGGAGACGAUGGAAUUCGGAAGUUUAAUUUUUACGAGGAAUUGUUCGAUUCCAAACAGAAACAGAAUAUGAUUAGUUUUUGCCAAGAGAAAGAUUCAAAUAACAAGAGAUAUUUGCAUUGUCAUAAGCAGAUUUUGGGCCAUAACUGUCCACAUUACUCUGAUAAUACUAGUGAACAUCAUCCCACACUGAUUCCGGAUCAUACUGCCGGGUUUGAUGAUUCCGAAAUGUGUUUGCAAUUUGCUCAUGGAGUUCGAAUAGAUGUGUCAACUUAUGUGCUGUUCGAGAUGAAUAGAGUUGCUCAAAGCCUAUAUUUGACAAAUGCUUCUUAUUUCAUCGAGGAACAAAUUAUCUGGAAAGAAUACAAGGAUGACUUGUUUAUUCAGCUCGCAAUCAAAGAUGAUCUAUCUCGUUUUCUGGCGGUUCUUCUGAAAAAAGUGACUCCAGAAAACGCCUUAAAAAUAAUUCGUUCGACAUUUAAUGAGGGAGAUAUUGAUAAUGCAUCGAUGGAAAUUAAAAAGAUGAUUGUGGCGAAGGUGCUCUACGGGAGAUUUUGA